AGCGCUUCGACUUCCUUCCCCGCGCGGAGCCGAUUUCCUCCAGCGUCACGUGCGCGGCGCGGGGCCGGGGCGCUUGGGGGGAGCCUGGCACGGCACCGAGCGGCACGGCCUGGGGGGCAGCCCCGUGCCGGCAGGUAGGAUGGGGUAACCGUGGCUCUGCGCCCAUCCCGGCAGCAGCUUUGGGCACCGGCAGCCCCACGCCACUGGGAGUGACGGUGCCGGGGCCUGGAGAGCAUCUCCUGUGCUGUCGGGGCUGGGCGCCCUCGUCCCUGUCCCCGUGGCCCCGCACAUGGCUUGUGCCUGCAGCGGCCUCAGGGUGGACAAACCCAGGAGCGGUUUUCAUGCCCACGAGGCCGCAGAGCCAAGCGGUGGUGGGGACCCGGUGGUCCCAGGGCUACCAGCCUGUGAUGGGGACGAGGCGGCCCAUGGGCACGUGUCGGUGGCCUGGUGCCCCGCGUCCACCCCGGGCUUGGUGCAGGGGGUGCUGCCGCCCCGUAGGUGGUGGCGGUGGGGCCGGCAUCCUGCCCGUGCCGGCGCCGUGGGGGAGGCGCAGGUCUGCGGCGUGCAGAGGAAGCGCCGACCGCAGCGACGGCGGGAGCGGGGCUGGCCUGAGACAGCGGGGGACCGGCCUGGCCACCAGCAGGAGCACACGGCGAGGAUGGAGCCGGCCAAGCCUCCCCCCAGCAAGAGGAUGGCUCCCGCGCCCCCCGUCCCGGCCAAAACCAAGCCAACCCUGGGGCUGCCGAGCAAGCCCGGUGGCCCCCAGCCCAGCACCUCGGCCGAAAUGGAGCGGGGCAGAGCCGGAGACCCAGACCCCGAUGGCUUCAGCACCCUGCAGGUGACCACGGCCAAGCUGAGCCACCCCACGGCCACGCGCCCCCGGGUGCCGGGCCGGCGGCCGCCCAGCAUGGCCGGGGGGGGCUUGGGGCCGCCCUGCGCCGAGCUCUGCCCCCAUCUCCCUGCCGCGGGGCAGGGCCCGGAGCAGCGGCUGGCCCUGGAGGACCUGAAGGCCGAGGUCCGGUCCCUGCACAUCCUCGUGGACCUGAUGCGAGGCCAGCACCUGAGGGACCUGGAGGACGUGAGGCUGGAGCUGCAGCACGAGCGGGCCAGGCGCGAGGCGCUGCAGAGCCAUUCGGGGCAAUAA